CGGCCGCGUCCCUGGCUCGCAAAAUGGCGGACGGAGUCAACGAAGGGCCUGGAGCGGGAGCGGCGGGAGCGGGGGCUGGGCGAGCCGCCGGGCAGCCCCAGGAGCGAGCCACGUGGUGUGAUGAAAGAUUCAACUUCCAAGCUACAUUUUUACAGUGCUUGGCAAAACAUGUGCCAAACAUUUACUCAGCUGAAAUGGACCCCUUGCUGGAGAAACAAGAAGAAAUGGUCCAGGCAGCAAUAUUAUACCCCCUGGAAUGUUAUUUGUUUGGGGAAGACCCAGAUAUAUUCCUGGAGAAACUACAACAGAGUGGAACCUCCCAGCUCUGUGGGAAGGUGUUCAAAGGAGGAGAGACAACAUACUCUUGCAGAGACUGUGCAGUUGAUCCAACCUGUGUACUCUGUAUGGACUGCUUCCAGAAUAGCAUUCACAAGAACCACCGGUACAAGAUGCAUAGCUCCACUGGAGGCGGGUUUUGUGACUGUGGGGAUACAGAGGCAUGGAAGGCUGGACCAUUGUGUACUAGACAUGAGCCUGGAGCAUCAGGUUCUGCAAAAGAAAAUUCUGAAUGUCAGUUGAACGAAGAAGUUAUGGAGCACUCUAGGAGGGUGUUUCCUUCUGUGAUAAAAUACAUUGUAGAUAUGCUUAUAUGGGAAGAAGAGAAGGAACUGCCUCCAGAGCUCAGAGUUAGUAGAGAGAAGGUGGACAGCUACUACUGUGUCCUUUUCAAUGAUGAACAUCAUUCUUACGAUCAUGUCAUCUAUAGCCUGCAAAGGGCACUUGGCUGUGAACUCAGUGAAGCCCAGUUGCAUACCACUGCCAUAGAUAAAGAGGGUCGUAGAGCUGUUAAGGCAGGACAUUAUGCCUCUUGUCAGGAAGCAAAAGAAGAAAUCAAGAGGCAUUCUGAAAAUGUUUCUCAGCGACCACUUCACGUGGAGGUUCUCCAUGCUGAUGUUAUGGCUCACCAAAAGUUUGCCUUGCGCCUGGGUUCUUGGCUGAACAAACUCAUGAGCUAUUCAAGUGACUUUCGCCAGAUCUUCUGUCAGAUAUGUCUCAAAGAAGAAGCUGGAUCUGAAAAGCCCUGCUUCAUAAGCAAAUUGAUGCUAUGGGAUGCAAAACUUCAUAAAGGGGCAAGGAAGGUUCUUCAUGAGCUUAUCUUCAGUAGUUUUUUCAUGGAAAUGGAAUACAAAAAACUUUUUGCUGUGGAAUUUGUAAAGUAUUACAAGACAUUGCAAAAAGAGUACAUCAGUGAUGAUCAUGACAGAGUUCUCUCUGUGACAGCACUCUCAGUUCAGAUGUUCACUGUACCUACUCUGGCCCGACAUCUUAUUGAAGAGCAAAAUGUUAUCACCACCAUUACAGAGACGCUUCUAGAAGUGCUUCCAGAGUACCUAGACAAAAAUGACAAAUUCAACUUCCAAGGUUACAGUCAAGACAAACUGAACCGGGUAUAUGCAGUAAUAUUUGACCUCAGGUAUGUCUUAGUCAGCAAGCCUACGUUAUGGACAGAUCGUCUGAGGGAGCGGUUUUUAGAAGGAUUUGUUUCUUUCCUAAGGAUUCUAACUUGCAUGCAGGGAAUGGAGGAGAUAAAAAGACAGAUUGGCCAGCACAUUGAGGUAGACCCUGACUGGGAAGCAGCUAUUGCUAUACAGAUGCAGCUCAAGAACAUUCUUUUGAUGUUCCAGGAGUGGUGUGCCUGUGAUGAAGAGCUGUUGCUCAAGGCCUAUAGCGAAUGUCAUAAAGCUGUGAUGAGGUGCAGCACAAAUGGCCGCUCACGGGAGAAGACAGUUUUUCACUUGUGUGGCCACACUCUGGAGAGCAGACCCUACAGAGUGUCUGCAGAUCCUGUCAGCAUACAUUUACCUCUGUCUAGGACUCUUGCUGGUCUUCAUGUACGAUUAAGCAAGACUGGAGCCAUCUCAAGAUUGCAUGAGUUUGUUUCUCCUGAAGAAUUUCAAGUAGAGCUGCUAGUGGAAUAUCCUUUGCGAUGUCUUGUCUUGGUUGCUCAGGUUGCUGCGGAGAUGUGGAGAAGGAAUGGGCUCUCUCUGAUAAGCCAGGUAUUCUAUUAUCAAGAUGUUAAAUGCAGAGAAGAAAUGUAUGAUAAAGACAUAAUCAUGCUCCAGAUAGGUGCCUCUCUUAUGGAUCCAAACCAGUUCCUCCUGCUGAUACUACAGAGAUAUGAGCUUGCUGAUGCAUUCAGAAAGAUCAAGCCCACCAAAGAUCAGGAUUUGAUCAAGCAAUAUAAUGUGUUAAUAGAAGAGAUGCUACAGAUUCUCAUCUAUGUUGUGGGGGAAAGAUAUGUACCUGGAGUGAGUAAUGUGACAAAAGAAGAUGUUACCAUGAGAGAAAUCAUCCAUCUGUUAUGUAUUGAACCAAUGGCUCACAGUGCAAUUACCAAGUCCUUGCCUGAAAACGAGAACAAUGAAACUGGCUUGGAGAAUGUAAUUGAUAAAGUGGCUACAUUUAAGAAACCAGGUGUGUCUGGCCAUGGAGUUUAUGAGCUGAAAGAUGAAUGCUUGAAGGAAUUCAAUAUGUUCUUUUAUCACUAUACUAAGACCCAGCACAGCAAGGCUGAACAUACACAAAAGAAAAGAAGGAAACAAGAAAACAGAGAUGAAGCAUUGCCACCACCUCCUCCUCCAGACUUCAGUCCUGCAUUCAGCAACGUGGUGAGGAUUCUGAACUGUGAUGUUAUGAUGCACAUACUGAGGACUGUUCUUCAAAGAGCAGUAGAACUGGAAACCCACUUGUGGACUGAAGCUAUGAUCCAAAUGGUGCUACACCUCCUUUCUUUAGGGUUACUAGAAGAGAAACAGCAAUUACAGAAGUCCCCAGAAGAAGAAGUAACCUUUGAUUUUUAUCACAAAGCAACACGAAUGGGAAGCUCAGCCAUGAAUGCUGUGAAUGUGUUAAUGCUUCUGGAAAAAUUAAAGAGAGUUCCUCAGCUAGAGGCACAGAAGGACACAGUCAAUUGGAUUCUGCAGAUGUUUGACACAGUGAAAAGAUUGAGAGAAAAGUCUAGUUUGACAACAGUAGCACCUGCUUCAGGCUCAGAAGCUACAAAAGUUGAUGAGACACAGAGCACUCAGGAUAAAGAGAAAGCUGAGCGAAAGAGGAAGGCAGAAGCCGCCAGGCUGCACCGUCAGAAGAUAAUGGCCCAGAUGUCUGCACUGCAGAAGAAUUUCAUUGAAACCCAUAAGCUACUGUAUGAAAACACACUGGAGGCACAUGGUAAAGAAGAUGCUAUUAUGGAGGAAGAAAGCAUGUCUUCAGCAGUUGAUUGCUCCAGAAUUGCUUUGGGUCCCAAACGAGGUCCAUCUGUUGCUGAGAAAGAAGUUUUGACUUGUAUUCUUUGUCAGGAGGAGCAGGAAGUAAAGCUGGAAAGUCCUGCCAUGGUAUUAUCUGCCUGUGUCCAGAAAUCAACUGCCUUAACUCAGAACAGGAGCAGAGUUCUUGAACUCUCAGGGGAUACACUAGAUCCUCUCUUCAUGCACCCUGACUUACCCUGUGGGACCCACACAGGAAGCUGUGGUCAUGUGAUGCAUGCAGCCUGCUGGCAGAAGUACUUUGAAGCAAUGCAGCUGAACUUUCGACAACGUCUGCAUGUUGAACAGAUAUUUGACUUGGAGAAUGGAGAAUAUCUUUGUCCACUUUGCAAAUCUCUUUGCAAUACUGUGAUUCCUAUUGUUCCACUGCAGGCACAAAAAAUAAACAGUGAAGAUGCAGAGGCAGUUGCUCAAAUCCUGUCCCUGGCGAGGUGGCUGGAGAUUGUCAUAGUCAGGAUAUCGGGCUACAGUGUGAAAAAUGCCAAAGGAGAGAAACAAAGCAUUGCAGCUCUUGCUAACAAGGGGAUGGGGAACUCUGCUUUGGAAUUCCAUUCCAUCCUUAGUUUCGGCGUUCAGUCCUUAGCCAAAUACUCAAGCAGUAUCAAGGAGAUGCUUAUUCUCUUUGCCACCACAGUUUAUAGAGUUGGGCUGAAAGUUGCUCCAAAUGAAGCUGAUAACCGGAUUCCUGUGAUGACCUGGAGCACAUGUGCUUUUACCAUCCAGUGUAUAGAAAACCUCUUGGAAACAGAGGACAAACCUUUAUUUGGAUCUCUGCAAAAUAGACAGCACAGUGGCCUUAAAGCAUUAGUGCAGUUUGCAGCUGCUCAGAGAACAACAUCACCACAGGUCCUGAUUCAGAAACAUCUGAUUCGUCUUCUAGGAGUUCUUCUACCAAACUUUAAAGUGGAGGACACUCCAUCCCUCUUAGAAGUAGAUAUGUUCCACGUUUUGGUGGGAGUUGUGUUAUCCUUUCCAUCUUUGUACUGGGAGGAUGCUGUAGACUUGCAGCCUUCAUCAAUUAGUUCAGCCUAUAACCACCUCUACCUCUUCCAUCUGACGACACUGGCACACAUAACACAAAUUGUUGUCUCUUCAGCAACAGAAUCCCCUUCUGCUCAAUCACCUGACAACAGUGAGGAGGCACAGUCUGCACAGUCUUUCUGUAGAGAGAUUUGCCAGUACACCAGUGGUUGCUUUAGUCAGGAUACUCCAGGCUGGCUGGUGUGGGAUUGUGUUAAAAAAGGCAUCAUGCCUUACCUUCGUUGUGCUGCUUUAUUUUUUCAUUAUCUGCUGGGAGUUUCUCCACCUGAGGAACUGCUACAAGUUUCUGAAGAAGGGCAAUUCAAGGCACUUUGUACUUACCUCUCUCUACCUACCAAUUUGUUCAUGCUCUUCCACGAAUACUGGGACACGGUAAACCCACUGCUUCAAAGGUGGUGUUCUGACCCGGUGGUGUUAAGUUGUUUGAAGGGGAAAAGCAUUGCAAUAAGGUAUCCUAGGAAAAGAAAUAGCUUAAUAGAGCUUCCUGAAGACUAUAGCUGCCUUCUGAACCAAGCCUCUCAGUUCAGAUGCCCACGGUCUUCUGAUGAUGAACAGAAACAUCCAGUAUUGUGUUUAUUCUGUGGGGCUAUGUUGUGUUCCCAGAAUACUUGCUGUCAGGAACUGGUGAAUGGGGAGGAGUUGGGAGCCUGUACUUCUCACGCUCUUCAGUGCGGAGCUGGAGUCUGUAUGUUUCUCAAAAUCAGGGAAUGCAGAGUUGUCCUCAUUGAAGGUAAAACCAGGGGCUGCUUAUAUCCUGCUCCCUACUUGGAUGAAUAUGGAGAAACAGAUCCAGGUCUGAAAAGAGGCAAUCCUCUGCACUUGUGUCGGGAGCGUUACCGGAAGCUCCAUCUGCUAUGGCAGCAACACUGCAUCAUAGAGGAGAUUGCCAGGAGCCAGGAAACAAAUCAGAUCUUCUUUGGAUUCAACUGGCAGCUGCUCUGAGUCGCUUGGUUUUUAGUGAAAACUUACCUUUGGCAGUGCUUUGGAAAAGGAAAGGAGGGUGGCAGUAACUCUACUCACAAGUGGAUUCUGUAGUUCAGACACAAUUGUUGGUUUCUCUAGGUUGGGUAUAUUACUGAUAAAUUGAUACAGAAUCUCAUGUCAUAUGUUUUGCACUUUUUUCUUCUUUUUUCUUCCCCCCCAGAAAAAGGCAAAACCAUAUUAUAUAGUUAUUAAUGAACAUUCAGGUCCAGGAAUGUUUCCACUUUUUUGAGAAGUUCUAAUCGUUUCACAUGUUUUGACAAGGACAACUUCCCAAAUGCUGUGCUUCAUUCAUGGCACAUACCCCAUCUCUGUCUCUUCCAUGCCUUGAGAAGAUACCUAAAUAGUGUUGCUGUGGAAAAGCCUCCUUUACUUUCUUCCUGGGUUCUUUUUCCAAGCUCAGUGAAGCUUUUAAAUAGGUCAAGAUCUGUGGCAUAAUACUGUAGUGGAAGUUGUGAAGAGACUAGUAAUCUCUAGCAACAGGUACAGCAAACAUACAGUUGUACAGAAAAAGCCCACAUGCAGCUUUAUCCUGGGAUUUAAUGAAGAGUUUCAUUAAUGAAUUCUUUAAAGAACUGUGAGAUAGAAAGUGCACAGGGAAAUUACCAUCAUGCUUGUUGAAUAAAAAAAUUAAGUCUGUGCUUUUUUGCAUUGCCAGAACUGCACUUUAUGUAAUGAAUUUGUCCGUUAUUCAUGUUGUAUAUCCUAAGGUCUAGGGCUACAUGAUUUGACUAGGUUGUGGUAAGUUCUGCUCUUUUUAAAGUUAUCUUCUGAGAUUCUUACCAGGAAUCAAAUGUGAAAAUUCUCUUCAGUAGUUGUAGUGUAGCUCUAAGUUAUACAAGAGCCUGAGAUUUUGAUAAAAGACCUUCAAAGCUACCAAUGGACUGAAACCAAAGUCCAAAAGCAGCAAGUUUUAGAAUCAGAAAUAAUUUAGUUUGCCCACAUUUGAGAAGUUUUCUGCUCUUCAUCCUCUGACACUAUUGUUUGGAGCCCUGCCUGCAUAAAUGAAAUUGUGUGUUUUGGGGGGCAUGUUUAGUGUGCGUUAGAGCAGAAAAGGGGAAAAAAGGUGGCUAAGUCUGUCUCUUUGCCCUUCAGUAGGUAAUAGUACAUUGUGAUUGAACUCUCUCUCAAUGAUAUGUGAUUGUGCCUCAGUUCUGAAUGUUUGUUGUUCCGUUUUCUGAAUUUCAACCAUAAUAUACAUGAGAGAAUUUGUAAUGUGACGGGUGAAAACACCUUCCCAGGAAAUCCCAUUUCUGUGUGAAAGUUUGAAGCUGCCCAUACUCUAUAAAUUUUCCCACCCCUUUGUUAUUUGGAUUCUUUGGUGUCGUUUUAGUAAGGUUUGCAAGGGGAGAUUUGCAAAUUAAUGUCUGAGAGCCUGUUUUUUAUUAUUUCCUUUUGGUUUGUUUUUUUGCUGCUGUUUGUAUGAGAGACAGUAGAAUCACAAGUAACUAUUUAGAUUUACAUAUUGUUUUCCUAGUUUUUAAAGUUUUAGAGUAUGUAUGAGUGCACUGAACAGCACCAUAGCUCAUCUGAAAGCAGAAUACCAAGGAACUCAAAUACUGUUCUGAUUUCAAGUAGUCUUAUAACUUUUGCUAUAAACCUUCCCUGGUUAUAUAACUAGUUGGCUUUGGCAUAUUUUUUAGAUACUCUGUUUCUUGCAAUUAAGGCCAUUCUCCUUACUUUGAUUCCUUCAGAUUUUAAACCUGAAUAUGAACUCUUCAAAGACAAAUAUUAAUUCUGUUAGUCUUCUGUAAAAUAUAUUUCAAAUGCAUACUGAAUUUAGAAAAGCAGUUCUCAUGAAAACUUGCAUGCACUGGCAAUUUCUAAGAUCAAAACACUCCUUACCAAGAAAAAAUUGGAUUAAGACUAGGAAAUGUAUGCUUUGUUGAUACCAAAACUAUAUUCACUUACUGUUUCCCUCUGAUAUUUACCUAUUCAUUUAUCUGAAAUUUUCAGUUACCUUGCACUUCACUGAUAGAAAAAUUCCGUUAUCAAAUAUGCAGUGAGAUCACUUUAUUUUGUUUUCUCUCUAAACUGUAUAUAAGGACAGGAGCUGGUCUGAGCAGGUGAGCUCAUGUUUAAAGCUCUAGAAAUCUCUUCAUAGCUGAAGAAGUGGGAGAGGAAAGUUGCAUCUUUCUGUAUGCUUGCACAUACUAAUUUAGCACAUGGGUUCCCGUAUCAUUCACUGACUAGUGUGGUCACCUUUCAUUUCAUUCAACUACUAUGCAGUUUUGUUCACUGUGAGUAUAAUCUGUAUUUAGUGAUCGCAAGAUGCUUAUGCCACUGAUUUCUCUUCCAUCCAAACUGACAGAAGAAGUUAUUUGAUAAUGCACAUAUUGGUAUCUUUAAUUGCAAAAAUGUAAAUUUGAAACUUGUAUAAUGUUCUUGUGCUUUUGAAAUAAAAUAUCUUGUAUAUGUAUAUUUAAAAAAAGGAAAUAAAGUAACUUCUCAUAGAUUACUCCAUUUUUAUUUGGAGGCGCUUUGACAUGUCACAGUUCACUUCACCAAGAGCAUUAUAGCAGCAUCUGUCAGUUGGAAGAGAGGAAGAGUUAGUAAAUGGUUGGUAAACAAUACUAGUUAUCCCUGUAGUCUGUAUCAUCAUUGUACUGGUUAAGUGCAUGGUGGUGCACUUACUUAAAGAAAUACUCCACUUGCAAGUUGUCUGAGCAUUUUACAGAUGUGAAUUCCUGCAGUGUCUACCUCAGUUUGUAGAAGGAGUCUUAAGGACAGAUUUUUCUAAUAUUUAAAUGUCCUUCAUCUCAUUAGUUGAGUGAUUCUGGUUUUGUAGCUUCUCAAAGAAGUGCUGGCUGUACUUCUGUCAGAUACUUAUCCUCUAAAAAGGGAAAUCUUGUGGCGUUGGUCUAAUGUGCUGUGAUACAUAUUAAAAAAGCCAAAAAACCAAGCCCAAGUAUUUUUAUUACAGAGCUAAGCAAAUAGCCAAGGAAUCUUUAACCUAGAAACGGCCAGUACUUCUUGCCCCUUUUUAUAUUGCAAGCUGUGGCUGUCCCUACUUUCUCACUUCUUUGUUGUAGCUUUGUGCAGUGUUUAGCCUACACAGUCUGGGUGUUCAUGGUCUUGCUCUCUAUAUGCUUAUUCUUAGUAAAGCAAAUGUUAUUUUAAGAGCCUGUUCCUGAAGAAGUAAAAGGUAAAGGUAGGUGGAUUAAAGUCUAUUAGCAGAAACGUUAUGAAGAACAUUAGAACAAGAAGACUAUUCAUUAGAGGGGGAAAGAAAGAAAAGAAAAAAAAGCCACAGCAUUCUUUCUUGCAUAGUAAGACUCACCAGGUGCAAUAUACAGAUGUACAGAAUUAUAUAGAACACAAUUUUGGCCUUCACAUUCUUUGCUUUAUAGUUGAAAUCCACUUUAUUCUUAUUCUAACUAUACAUGAAAGAGAGGCUGUCUAAAGGAAGUCUGUGUUGAAGGAGAGUGAGCUGAAAUUCAAGGCAAUUAUAUACAUUAUUUCAUGUAACCGUGAGUAAAGGGACACUAGGUAUGAAGUUAAACAUGAAAGAUUAAAACUGAGCCCGAGUUCUCUUUAUUCCUGUGUGACUAUUGUUCAUGAAGUCAGUGUCAAAAAAAGGAGUAUAGUUUGUGCUGUUUAAUUACAAGUUGUCAAACAACUUAGAAUCCAUGAAUUUUAGGAAGUUUCUUCAUGCUUGAAUGAACAAGCCUCAGCAAAAUGUUGUGAAGCAGGCAGUGGUGACUGGAUUUCACGAUCAUUUCAAGUACUUGCUGUAUGUAUGAAGUUCUGUGGUUAGUCUUUUUCAGCAGACCACAGAAUCUUAUGUCUCCUUCCUCUGGAUAGUGCCUGAAGUAUAUUAGCUUCUUUGGGUACAAGUCUAGUGCUUGGAGAGGGGUCAUCCCAAUGUACCAGAGUUUCUGUUUGGAGGUUAUCCUGAACAUACCAUGGCAGCCUGAGGAAUAAUCCAUUCUACAUGAUGAAAAGCCUCCAAUCUUCUUUCAUCCCACUUUUCAUUCUGUGAAUUGUGGUAACCUUUACUAAAAGUGGCAAAAGUGAUGCAUCUCAAUUUUAUUAUACUGGAGAUGAUCUAGGAAUAUUUAUUUUCACAAUUUGGUCUUAUGCAGAACUAGAGUUCCAUAGUGGGAAACUGGUACAAAGCACACAUUUACGAAAUGGUUUGUAAGAUUUUAAAGAUCACUACUCUUGUGUUGUAGAGAACUGUGUGUUUGUAUGCCAUUUAAAAAGAUCCGUUCACAGCAAGGAGAUUUUUAGCUUCUAGGAAAGUGUGCUGUGAUCAUUUUUAAUACAAACAAAACUAAAUGUGCUGUAUCUUCUUUAUUUUUUCUUUAGGAUAAAGGUGUAGAGCAAGUGUUUUCUGUGCUAAUCAGAAAGCUUUAAAGAAAGAACAGAAAUUGCAGUUUCUGCAGGAACUGUCAUAGUGCCUUUGCCAGAAGCUGAACAUUAAAAUGUUUCAGUGUUUUUUUAAUGAAGAAUUUAUAAAGAAGAUAGUUCUGUGAAUAGGGGAGUUCCUUUCUCUGGAAGUUACUGUUGUACAAAUGUGUUGUUAUUAAUUCUGACCGGAUGAAGCAUUAAUAACAAAUAGGAUGAGAAGUGUCCCCCAAAUCGUAUUUAUUUCUGUAUCUGAGCAGAUGCUCUGGCUUAAAGGCUUGGCUUGCUAAUACCAUCUUUGUCUUUGUAAAUUACAGAGAAUUAAAGAUGGAGUCCACGCUGCUA